UUGCAGACCUCAGGUGUUGAUGUUGGUGCUGCUCUUCUGUUGGGGAUCAGUGAACUGCCAGGAUACAGUUAAAGGUUAUAUUGGAGAAGACGUCACUCUGUCCUGCAACUUUAAACAAUCUCUGUCUCAAACGGACAAUGUCUUCUGGAGAGACGCCAAUGGCUUGAUUGUACAGGACAUCAUUGGUGGUGAAUCAAACUUAAAAAACCAGGAUAAGAAGUACAAAGAUCGAGUGUCCUUCCUCCAAGGUMGUUACAACAAUGGAAAUGUGUCCAUCAUCAUGAAGAACCUGCAGUCUGAUGAUGCUGGCACAUACACGUGCACACUUCUUCCUGAAAGUGAUACUAAGAAGGUCAAUCUCACAGUUACAGGUCAGUCCAAGCUUUUAUUUUACAACCAAGACAACCUCAGUCACACAUUUACAGUGUCUCACUUUGUUUUGUAUGUGAAUGAUUGA